AUGGCGUUCGUGGAUGUCGCUCAGUGUCCCGAUCCGUACGUUCCAAUUGAUGAAUCUCGGUGCAUUUUGCUGGAUGCCUUUGUCACUCGAACUUACCGGGAAGCCAUUGACUACUGCAAGACUCAUGGAGGAGACUUGCUCAUGAUGGACGACUGUGAAACAGUGGGAUUGGUAUAUGAUUUCAUUUACAGCGGAGCGGGGAUGGCUGAUAAACAUUACUGGCUUGGUGCCAGCGACGAGGAGGAGGAAGGAACGUGGAAGUUUGUCGACAACAGGCCAGUACCAAUGGGUACUCCAUUUUGGGGUCCAAAUCAGCCUGACAACGGAGAGACGCAUAACUGCGCCAUUCUGCACGUCAUUUAUAAUCAAAGAGAUCUUUCACAAUCACAGUUGAUCCCUGAUCCACCUUCCUGCCAAGAGCAUCCAGAUUCGCUGAACAACAGUACCAAUAGCAGUAAUGCGCCUCAUGGUCGAACUUCGAAGUUCCAUAGGUCUUCAGCUCCAGAGGAAGUCGUGUAA